ACUAAAUCUGGUCAUGACGCUGACUGCGUCUGCCGAGAGUCAAAAGCAUAGAUAAGUUUUUCCGCUGCAAAGUGCAAACAGUACAAACUGCAAGUUCCGUUCCGCUGUUUGUUGAAGUACUUGAAGAUUAUUUUGUCUAGAUUUUGGCGCUUAAAAAUAUUAUUUGUGUGACACGAUAAUAAUUCAGAACAUUAUACGAAACCACCUCAAAAGCCUAGGAAAGAUCAAGGGAGGGGAGGAUGCGUGUUUGUUUUACGAUCAAUUAAGUAUUUGACAGCCUUCUAAACACUCAACCUAGCGCUGUCUCAUUAGAGAGUCCAACGCAAAACCCGAAUUGGUUAUCAUGCAACUGUUCACAGUUGAGAAUUAAAAUACUGUCAAACAGCUUCAAAGAUUGUUGAAAGAUGGGAGUUCAAGGUUUGACAACUUAUAUGAAUCAAAAUCAACAUUUAUUUUUCAAAAACUACUAUUUACAUGAUACCAGCUUGGUCAUCGACGGUCUUAGCUUAUGCACCCAGCUGUAUUUAUUGACGAACGAUUUCUCGGCAUUUGGUGGUGAUUAUGACAAGAUUGCAUCGUGUACAAAAACGUUUUUCAAAAACUUGCAGAAAUGUAACGUUAAACCUUAUGUUAUUUUUGAUGGGUGCCACGAGAACAGAAAAUUGAGAACGGUCUUUAUUCGCCUUGAAUCCAAGUUAAAAGUCCUCGGUUCUCGUCUAGAUCCAUUGAAGCAGCAUGACUUUCAGAUCUUCCCUUAUCUCCUUCGAGAUGUUUUCAGAGAAGUACUUAUAGAAAUGAAGAUUCCCUAUACAAUUUGUGAGUUUGAAGCAGAUGAUGAAAUUGCAGCUCUAGCAAGAUAUCUUCAAUGUCCUGUACUGAGUUACGAUUCAGAUUUCUUUAUAUAUAACGUUUUAUACAUCCCUUUUAAUAUGUUAGAGACAAAACCAAAGCAAAUCGAGGUGGACGGUAAUAAGGUUUACACAAUGGAAUGUAAACUAUACAAAGUACAAUACGUCUGUGAACAUUUUAGCGGUCUGCAUGAAGAACUUUUACCUUUACUAGCAAUCGUACUUGGAAAUGAUUUUGUAGAAAAAGGGCUCUUUGGUAAAUUCUUGAAUCAACUUAAAUUGACUGAAGUGAAGAGAAAACAGAAUAAGCAACAGAAAAUGAUACAUGCCUUAUUCAGCUGGCUGAAAAAUGAAACCUUAGAUUCUGCUAUCAUUAAAAUACUAGGCAUGCUAAGGAAAAACCAGAUAAAGGAUGUUCAUAAAAUAAUAAAGAAAAAUGUUGAUGGAUAUCACUGCAAUGAAUGUAAAUCUUUGAAAUACUUCAAUAUAUCAACAGAUGUGUUGAUUAAAAAGUCAGAAUAUAAGAUGCCUGAUGUAGAUGAAAUCUUUAAUUCUGAUGAUAAAAAUGAUGAAGGACAUGAUAACGAUUCUGAACCUUUUUUUAAUGAAGACAACACUCAAGAAGAUGAUGAACAGGCGCAGGAUGUUUCCAACCCCAAUUUAGAUAGCUUACCUGAUUGGUUUUCUGAUAAAAUUCGUAAAAACCUUAUACCAACUAGUUAUUUAAAUUUGUAUGCACACCAUUUGCACAUUUACAACCCGCAAGUUGAAAAUGUUACUAAACAGGAUUCUUUUCUCAGUGUUUUACCAAUUGUACGUUUUGCUUUUGAUAUUUUAACAGAUUUUCGCCACGAUCACUGUUUUUAUUUUAGCAGAGAGAAUUGUAAUUAUCGAAAGUUGUUUGUAAAUAGAGAGUAUUCUAUUGAGCGACCUUCAAAUAUAUCUUAUGAACAACUUACAGAUACAGACUUGAAGCAAUAUUUCCAACAUUUUCUUGGUAUAAAACUUGAAAAUUUAGGCUUUGAUGAUAUAAAGUUGUUACCGUCGAAUUUCCAACUUUUUAUGAUAUCAGUUCUUUGGUGGAUUUCUUUUUGUAACGUCCCGGCAGCACAUGCUCACAGUUUAAUCAUGUCAUACAUAAUGUUGGAAAUCAUUGAUGAAAAAAUUGAUUCUUCGCGCGAUCAUUACCAAUUCAAUAAUAAAAAUGCUCAAAAACUAAAAGAGUUGAGACGGAGAGCUGUAAAACAUCUAGGAAGAGAUGAGCUAUUUCUGGAUAAAAACAAAGUUCUAUACGACGAUUGUCUUAUAGCAGCAAGUGUACUUUUAAAACAUUUUGAAAUAGAUCGAAGUAUCCGUAUGAGACCUGAUAGUUAUGACAUUAAUAAAAUACAUUCAUUUGCUCAAUUUCAAUGUGCAUUACAACAAAUAAAUGCAUUAAACACCUUAUGUGCUUCACCAUUUGAAAGUACUGUUUGCUAUAAAAGUUACAAUGGAACUUUUGUGUAUAAUAUAGCUUUAAAAUUAGAAAAUCAGGCAGACCCUUUAACUUUUAUAGAGCAAUAUAUUAAAGGUGCUUCUACUGUAAUAAUGUUCUAUAAAAGUAUUUGUAAAAUUUAUAACGAGUUGUUGAAAAAAAUGAAUUUAUCUACCGUUCAACCAGCACCGGCCUGGCGCCACUCUCGCAAGAGAAAGAGAAACAGGUGGUCACAGAUUUAUUAAGACUAGGUGAAAUUUUUUUGCUAAAUAUUAAAAAAAAUCAAUUGAAAAAAUGACAAGGCUUUGAAGCAAAAGUGGAGAGAAUAAGAGUAAGAAACGUAUUAUCAAGGCAAAAGUUAAUGGAUGGAUCUAUUGGAUACAAGUUAAACUUUGGUUAUUUUGUUUGUUUAAAAAAUAUCAGACUCCAUCCAUGCGUAAUAAAAGGGCUCAUGCAAAAUUUUGCUUUUGGACUUCUGAUUUUUUUUAUUGUGAAAAUCAUAAAUACACCGUAUUGUUCCCAUAAGGUUUCAAUAUUUAUGAGUUUCCGAAAACUGCUUCAAAUACCUACUGAGUACUGACUUAUCUAGAUUUUUUUAUUUUAAUGGGAAACUGGUAUUAUAAACCUUUCUAUAGUGUUGAUAUUUUUAAUUUGUUAUAUUAUUUUAUGUUUACCUACUUGCUUUAAUUUAGAUUUUAGUUUUAAAUUCAAUGUACAUUAUUUGUGACUAUUACAUGUCUUUUGUUAUAAAUAAAUUAAUUAAAAAGCUAAAAAUCCAAAAUGUCAUGUGGCUUAAAGAAAUGUGACGUGUCAAACAUUGUGAAUUGAGGGAUCAAUGGAAAUAAUAUUUUAAAAGUUGGAGAAAAAUAACUAACUGCAAAAACUGACUUUCAAUUAAGAUAAAAGCGUACCUACUUACCAAGAAAUAUUUUUCUAGAUAUUUUGUUUAUGUCUAAUAUUAUGUAGUUAUUUUAAACCGUGUAAGGUUUUUCUCUGGGUGGUGUGUUUUACUUUUAAUCAUCGAUGUAUACUUUUAAUUCAUUAAAAAUAAGUGUUUGUUU